AUGCAUAAGCCUUCACUGGCCCAAAUAGUGCACAGCACAUUAUUUCCGCGCCCGCGCGCGAGUGAUCCGGCUACAUUCUCAGCACAUAUUACCCGCAACCUGGUCCCCGAAGUUCGAGUCGAAACAUCCACAUUCUAUGGAUCGCUUGACUGCCCCGAGGCUCAGUAUCCGGGACUUGACUAUUCCUACGGUCCACACCGCAUGAGGCUCGGUCGUUUUCCAUGGCACCGAAGACUGUUCCGGGCGUUUGACGAGCUCGGUCUUACGGAGACUGAGAUCUCUUCCCUCUGCCGCUGGGAGGGCACCAAAUCGGCUCGUGAGCGUUACGAGAAGGAAGAGGGAGUCAAAGUCCGCGAUACUACGGCAGACAAUAUUCGACCCGCUUCUCCUUCUCCCCUCCCAUCGAUCGAGGUCCACUACGAGGAUGAGACGGAGGAGGAAGAGGAUGAACUCUUGCCAGAACCGGAAUACCCGGUGGUGACAUUCGAGACCGUGCGCUCUACCAGCAGCUUGAUCGAUGACCGGGGGAUCGAUUGCAUUGUGGAAGAGAAAGAGGAGGAAGAUUCAAGCGACGACGAAAUGGAAAGCUGCGGAGUCGAGCUGAACCAUCGCCUCAUAGCGGCGACCGCGGCCCGCGAGCAGGGGGCAGACGUGUCACUGGACGAGGAUUGGGAGCAGUGGCUGAAGGAAGCCGGGGAGCGAGGGAGCUACACCGACGUGCUCAGUGCGAUCCGGAUGGGUCAGCCACUGGGUUACCUAUACGAUACGUCUCCUCCAAUGCCGCCCGUCGGAAGGGUCGGCGGUCGAUCAUCUGCCUCACUUUCAGAGCCAUUCGUUCUCCCCACCCCGUCCAUGCUGUCGAGCCGGGGUAUCCAUCGUUAUGCUCAUUCGUCGUCACGGACAGCCCGAUAG